CCGAAAAGGUUCAAAAGUAGCUACAUUUGUUUCUUUAUGGCGAAACAGAACGAGAUCAAGGAAGAACUUGGGGAGAAGGCCACAGUGACAGCUAUCUCGAAGCGGUCAGCUGAAAUGUGGAAACAUUUACCCACAGAGGAACGCACUCAUUGGGACGAUGUCGCAAUAAAGGACAAACAACGGUACAUGGUGGAGAAGGCAUCUUAUACUGGCCCGUGGCAGGUACCUUGGAAACGUGCUAAGAAAGACCCGUCGGCUCCCAAACGGCCCAUGUCGGCUUUCCUUUACUUUUCCCUUGGACGACGUUCCGACUUAAAAAAAAAGCAUCCAGAAAUAAAGAAUACUGAAGUAUCACGUCUUUUGGGGGAAAUGUGGCGCAGUGCUUCUGAAGAACAGCGCAAACCACACGUGGACAAGGAAAAAGCCGAACGGGAGAAGUAC